UUCGGCUACUAACCAACUAAAGUCUGAACUUGUUAAUCUUUGGGCUUUACGUAGCGACACGCAUAACGCUUUUAAAAAUUUAACUCCCAAAUUGGCUGAAGUUUCUGAUUUUUAUACCAAUUUAUCGAAAGCAAGACUUUUCUAUGGAACUCUUUCAACGUGUAAUAAAACAGAUUUGUCAAAGUUUGAGAAUAAUUUGGAAAAACUAAUAGAUGAAGUAGAAAAAUUAAAGGCAAUCGUUGUUGCGGAAAUUAAAAAGCCUCAUUUACAAAGUAAAUUUCUGGAAACUUCUCUGCGGGAGCUCCUCAAAGCCAAAAGGUUGCUAGCGGAACGCAAUUCACAAUUAAAAAACUUAACGAGCGAAAGUAAAGGAAUUAUUACGAAAACUACCGAAAAAAGCAUGUCAAAAAGUUUAGAUAAGCAAAUAGUUAAACAUAAAAAGAACAUCACCUCUGAAAAAAGAAAAUCGUGGGACCAUUUGAGCACGUUUCAAGCAGUCCCUCUCGAAAAAAAUGGGCGACCGUUUUCGCAAGCUUUAAAAAGCUUUUCUCUAUUUGACCGCGCUCAGUUGGAUUCUACCAAUAGAAGCUCGCCUCCUCCAAAAGAGCUUCCACCAAUGAUAAAACCGACACUGUCCAUUUCUGUGAGUGAAGCGUCUCCAUUGCUCAAUAAUACCUCGCAAGAAACCAAAAAAAACCUUCUCACUAUCGCACGUGUGAAAUCGGAAGCGGUUCUUUCCGGAGCGCCAGUGGACACUAAACCGUACCGAACGAUGCUAUAUUGGCAGGAAUUAGCAAUGGACCAACAAAAUAUCGAGUUUGACGUUGAUGGAAAUGUUUUGCACGGAAGUUUGAAUUUUCUAUUCAAUCACUACCUUUCCUAUUUUGGUUACUCUCCCACCUUUACUCCACGUGACUUCAAUUUUCCUAAAGAGUUUUUGCGGUCCCAUUUAUGGUUUAUUCCUAGCGAAUCUCUAUUAGAAAAGUUUAUUGAGGUUUAUAAAAUUCCGGAUACUUUUUGUAAAGAAGCUCAAACGCGAAUCAAAACGUCAAUUUGCAAUGGACUUCGCUUUUGGAUUCAGCAAAGUAUUCUAGACUUUGCGAGACCAGACUGGGCGUUGGAAGAAAAAGCAGAACAGUUUAUGAGCAUUGCAAUGCAAGAAAAAAUUGAUCGGUUUUUUGAUAUUCUCAAAAAUGAUACUUCCUUUGAUAAUGCUAUAAUGUUUCUCGAAUUGCUUAAUAUCACCCUAGAACGGUGGACUAAAUUUGAACUAGCCAAUAAGCUGAAAGUGCAAUGCACUCCGAUACAAGCGCCGGCCGAACCUGCUUAUAGGUCUCACGUAUUCCACCUGCCCCUUGAGCACGUGGCCGAUCAACUGUCUAUUAUGGAGUUCGAAAAAUUUUAUAAACUUCAGAAGAGCGACCUGAAGGACAAGCGCUGGACAGCUCACGACCCCACCUGCCCAGUUUUCCAGAUGAUCGACCACUUUAACCACGUGUCGUUCUGGGUCGUCGGCACCAUCCUUUCGUUUUACAAUCCGGCUACACGUGCUCAAGCCAUUGCCCGCUUUGCCGAGCUGGCCACGAUAUUAAAGGAAAAGUGCAACUUUAACACCAUGAUGGCCAUCGACGGGGCACUCCAACACACAACAAUUGAACGUCUAAAACGCACGUGGGCCCACGUGACCGAGAAAGAUAAGCAUGUGCUCAAAGCUCUUAAGGCAUUUACCAACCCCGCCUUUAACUAUCAAUCCUACCGAAACGUCCAGAAUAAUACGCGUGGCUUCUGUAUUCCCUACAUAGGCUUAUACCUGCGAGACUUGAUUUAUACCGAAUCCGGCCAGGACACGUGGUUAAAUGGCGGAGGGUUCGUUAACUUUCAAAAAAUGCGCGCGAUUGCUCAGAGUUUAAAAGAAAUAGAACGAUGCAAAGAAAUUGUUCCUUCAAAAGAAAUAAAUCCGCAUAUCGAACGACUUCCGCUCCUUUACGGACUUUGCAGCCGCUUUUUAUCGCAUUCUAUCCGCGAAGAGGAUUUAUAUAAAAAUUCGCUGCUAUUGGAGCGUCGCGGGGAGCUUCAAUCUCUUCGCUCGUCUCCUACUGGAUCGUUAAAAUUCUCAACUUUAAAAAAGUCCGGAGGAAGUCAUUAUUUGGACCAACUUUACUUAAUUGUACUUAAAAGGUACUUUCCUUCUGGUAUUGAUGAGUUUUCUCUUGAAAAACUAAUUCUGGACGUUCCGGGCUUUUUAGAAUACCAAGAAGAUAUAAGGAAGCUCGAAAAUGAAGAAGAUUUGAAAUUAUUUUUGAAUCGCCUUAGUUCCGUAAAAGGAAAGUUAACGCUCAGCCGGUGGGCCUCAAUUAAUAGAGGAAAAUUUAAAUCAAUAUCAUAUUUGCUCGACUUGCUUUCGCUGGAUGACGAUCUCAAGCGGUCCGAAACUUUUACACGGCCGUCCAUUGAUAAGUUGGAAUGAAAUACAAACUAUUAAAAAAAAGAUUGAAAAUUGUACAAAAUUAAGAAAUAAUAAAAUUAUUUUACUAUCUA